AUGGAUCUGUCCAAGUGCUUAGCUGUUCUUAUUGUGCUAUUUGUUGACAGUGGCGAGUCUGGCGGCCAUGGAGGAAAACACCAUGAUCAUGUCAAACUUCACAUGCCAGAAUUUAUUCACCAUGACCAUCAUACAAAGGUGAUUACAAUCCACCAUCAUCAUCACAAGCCGAAGAAAGAACAUCAUCAUCAUCACCAUCACCACCACCAACCGAAACCACAUAUUCCUCAGCAUCAUUAUAAUCACCAUCAUCAUAAAACAACUCUUAAAACAACUACAGUGUCGAAAGGUCACAAGCAAGUCGGUCACGGCCACAGUGGUCACCAUGGUCAUCACAGUCAUCACGGCGGCGGUCAUGGAAGUCACUACGGUCAUCAUGGGCCAUCACAUCAUGAUUCACCAUCAUAUAAUCACAAUGUACCAUCGAUAAGUCACGACCCAGGUCACGUUUCUUUUGAGGAUGAUUUCAAAUCUUUCACACCAUCGAUACCAGUUAACAUACCUCAUAACCCUCACGUUCAUGGAGUUGUGCAUACAGUUAAACAAGUUAAAGUGUUUGAUUCGUUGCCAGGAUCUAUAAAGAGUAACUCAGGUUCGGGAUCUAAUGGUUACGAAGUGACUGAAGAAGGCGAGGAAGGUGACGAAGAUGCCUUUACGUCCGUGAACACAAUACCUCAAACAUACCCAGGUACAUACGGUUUCGUGAGAAGUGCUGCCCCUCAAGCUGAAUCUUACCCUGGACUAGCACUUCAAAGUUCUGUCCAAUUGAACCACGAUCCGUUCGCAGCUGCGCCUGGACCAAGUGCGUUUUCCGGCUUAGAAAAUUUCUCCAGCGAUGGCCAAGAUUUCUCGAGUUCGUUGUCUCCACAAGGCACCAAUGGUCAUGCUCUUCCUGAGUUUGCCGGACAAACAGAGCAGAUAUCAGGUUUUGAUGAUGCUGAAAGUUUUGUUGGCAACGAUAUAAGUGGAACUGCAUUGCUUUCUGCAGAAGCCAAUGAUGAUACACCAGUUACUUAUUCAAGAGAAGCGGGUAUACAGCAUUCUUUAAACACCGGAGGCAUCCAAACUGUUGAAUAUUAA